UAGAGUUCUAAUUUUUUCAAUGCAAAUUAAGAACAUAGAGCACUAUGGCAACCAAGCACUGUUGCUACAGAAAUCUGCCAUUUUUAUUAGCUAUUCCUAACGACAAAACCACUGCAAACCUGAGCAAUACAAUUUCUUUCCUCGGAUUAUAUCAGAGAGCAGAAUUUCUACUAUUUUUUCCCUUUAAUUACAUAUCACCUUAGUUCAUCAGCAUAAUUAAACAGUCCAAAGCAGAAAUCUCAAUUAGAUAUUCAGCCCUGUCAAGUACCUUCAAUAUGGGAUUCCUUCUUGUGUUUAGAAAGCGUGGAGUGAAAGGGAUAUCUCCUGCAGGACUGCUAACUGUUUCACCUUCAUUUACAUGAAGAAACAAGUGAAAGCUCAGGGUCAUUGAAGAUGAUCGGCGUCUUUCCCCAUGAGGCUGCAAGGAAAUUCCGUGUUACUGAAGGAAGGUGCUCCAGUUUUGGAGUGACUUAUGAUGUCAAGAACUGUAUCAUCCUGGAUUUUAAACUCAGCCAAAAGCAGCAUUAUUUUACAAGGGAAAGGACGUUGGUACUCCAUCUGUAUCCCAAAUAGAAAUAAGAUAAAAUGGAAGCUCAUUUUCUCCAAAACAUGUCCCUACCCUGCUGGGAGCUGCAGCUUAGACGGAAUUUUCUCUUUUCCCAAAGCAUUCCGGCACACUUCCACCGAAGAAGAACAUUUUCCUUUCCAGCUGUCUCCGGCACAAAUCAACAACAUACUCAGAGCAGGCGAACUGUCCCACAGAACACUGGAUUUGAAUGGCAAGAACGCGAAUUCCGUGCUGAGGUUUGAAAGCAACCAGCUGGCCUCCAACAGCCCCAUAGAGGACCGGCGGAGCGCGGCCACGUGCCUGCAGACGGCGGGGAUGAUGUUCGGGGUGUUCGACGGCCACGCGGGCGCCGCCUGCGCCCAGGCCGUGAGCGAGAGGCUGCUGCACUACAUUGCCGUGUCCCUCAUGCCCCGCCGGAGCCUGGAGGAGAUCGAGCUGGCUGUGGAGGCCAUGAAACCUGUGCGGCCCAUCCUGCAGUGGCACAAGCAUCCCAACGAUGUGGAGUACCAGGAAAUCGCCUCGCAGUACUUUGAGAACCUCCGCGUUUACUGGCAGCACUUGCUGGACCUGGACACUGAGCCGGGGUUUAGUUUGGAGGAAGCCAUGAUUUGUGCAUUCAAAAGGCUAGACUCAGACAUAUCUCUGGAAGUUCAGGCUCCUCAGGAAAAUGAGUUGAUGAGAAAUAUUGCCCUGCAAGUAGCUUUUUCUGGUGCCACAGCCUGUGUAGCUCACAUUGACGGUGUUCACCUACAUGUGGCAAACACCGGUGAUUGCAGAGCAGUUUUAGGGGUCCGUGAAGAAGAUGGAACGUGGUCUACUCUCCCUCUAACCCGAGACCACAAUGCCUAUGAUGAAUUUGAAAUUAGGAGAUUGAAGCGAGAACAUCCUAGAUCUGAGGAGAAAACCCUAUUUGUGAAUGACAGAUUACUGGGGAUUCUCAUGCCCUCCAGAGCUUUUGGAGAUGUGCAAUUGAAAUGGAGUAAGGAAUUGCAACACAGCAUUCUUGAGAACAGCUGUGAUGUUGAGGCUCUAAACAUUUAUCAGUACGUUCCUCCAAACUACCACACCCCCCCUUAUUUAACUGCAGAGCCUGAAGUUACAUACCACAAGUUAAGAAGCAAGGAUAAGUUUCUCGUUAUUGCUUCAGAUGGGCUAUGGGAGAUGCUGAGUAAUGAGAAGGUUGUAAAACUUGUUGCUGGACACCUUACAGAGCUCAACAUGCAGAAACCACCACUGAUUUUUAAGAAGCCAGUUAAUUUGGGCUACAUGCACAACUUGUUGCUGCAGAGGAAGAGCAAAGGCCUGGCCUCCCUGGACCAGAACACUGCCACCCAUCUGAUCCGGCACGCGAUCGGCAGCAACGAGUACGGCGAGGUCGACCCAGAGAAGCUGGCUGCCAUGCUGACCCUGCCCGAGGACCUGGCCAGGAUGUACAGGGACGACAUCACUGUCACUGUGGUGUACUUCAACUCGGAAACUAUUGAAGAUUACUACAGGAGCCACGAGUAGAGCCUUGCACUGCUGCAGUUCAGUAUCACUAUGGAACUUUGAUCCCAAACCAUUCCUCUCACUCUCUGGUAGUGCCGCUGCUACCAGUGCCUGCAAGUUCCUGAAUCUUUUUGUUACUUACUGGCUUUGAAAAUAACUUUCUAAAUGGUGAAAUUUCCAUGGGUUUCCAGGUUUGUAUACACUGAAGAAAAAAUGUUUUCAUAAAACCUCACUGAAAUGUGACUGAACUAAAGAUUGUGGACCAGUUCUGAUUCCAUGAGAACCUCUGGUAAAACAUUCCAAUGAACAAACAAGGCAAAUUUCACGGAGACUGGUACAGUUUUAAUAGAGAUGGAUAAUAGGUGUAGCUGCAUGGAGUGUCAGACUGUUCUUGUGGAGAGCGAGUAGCAUCCUGUUGAAGCACUGUAAGUGAAUUAAGUAAAUUAACCAAACCUUUUUUGGAUGUGUCAGAUAUUUUAACAUAUUUCCCCAUAUUUAUAAAACAACAUGAAAGCAGACUGUUCAAAAACUCCUGGGAAUGUCAGAUGUCUUUCCUGAUUCUCUUCUUUAAGCAAGGGAAAAAUUGUAUCUUCUUGUGCAGUUCUUUUCAAGUGGGAAUUCAUAUUCUCUUAACUCCGUGUGGACUUGUGUGACAGCUUGGAGUUCAAACACACGAGGGUCUUCAAAGUUUCCUGUUCAGGAUUUAACAGUACUAGACUUAAGCAUUUGAGUCAUUUGCUUAAACAAUGUACUCUUUAAUAAAGUAUUGAUAAUUUAAAUGGUUUGUCUGAUUUAGAAGUUCAAAAAUAACUUAAAAGUAAAUACAGGAAAAGAGAGCACCUUUCUCUCCAGAUUUAACUUAGAAGAAAUAACAGUGCUGAUACUUCUCCAAAAUAGGUUUAAUCUUUCAUUCUUUUUUCUCCUUAUAGGUACAGAGUUAUCUUCCCUAAUGAAUAUAUGUUUUAGUCUCUGAACAUAAACAAAAUUGUAUUUUACAAUGGUUUUCCUUUAUACUGAGCUUUCCAGAGUGCCGUCCAAGCUUGCAGAUUAGUUUUUACGUAUGGGGUUCUCUGGUGCCUCUUCCUUGUUUACACUCAGCAGUAACUGUUUCCCACAAGGAUGUACACACUGAGAAUAUAGACCUGUUUGCUGUUCUUUGCUGCUGAGUAAGAACUUGUGUGGGUGCAGAAGAGCAAAUAAAAAUAUUGCUUUUUUUUCUUAAAUUCACUUAAAAGCAUUAUCCUCCUAUACUUUAGCAGAUUAAAAAGUUGUUUUUUUCCUCAAGACCUUAAGUAGACAAGGUCUUGGGGCUUAGCCUGGUAGUAUUUUUGGAUUUGGGGCUCUUUGUGUACUUUUCCUUAAAUAUAAAAUUUCUUAGUGCUUUUUUCAGGCAUUUAAAAGUCUAUUUUGAAGAUAAGAUUAGAAGGAGAAGGAAGCUAAAACUGUUGAAAAAAUAUUCAUGCUUUUGACUAUUCAGGAUUCAGUGCUACGAUUGCACUCGCUAAAUGCAUCCUUAAAAAAACCUUCUGAAUUUACUGUUAUUAUUUUGUCUAGUACAUUUUGGAAUGCAUCCAGCCAUUCAACCUGAAGGCAGAUUCAAUGAGUAGAUGUUCCCCUUGAUACCAGCAAACCAGGAUUUACCUCAGGAUAUCUGAGCGCUGGGUGGUAAGGGCUGCAGGCAGACUUGGGGUUUGUGCCAGAUGCUGCAGAGGUUGCUGAAGUUCUUGGUGCUGGGGUCCAGCUUGUUUGGAAGGCUGCCCUGCCCUCAUCCCCCAGGCUGGUGCUGUGGGACUGAGAUUUCCUCUGCCAGGAAAGGCAGGCAGGGAUGGUCAGGCCCAUGUUAACCUCAGGACAGGGCUGCUCUGCCUUCAGGGCAAGGGGGUGAGGAGGGGAGAGCUCCUCAGCAGCAUCCCUGGACUCUUCUGGCCUCACUGGGCUCUGUUUGCUCCUACAAAUCCUCUUGUGGGAUCAGUUACAGCUGCUUCAGUGCUUGAAAUUUAGCUGUAAGUAGUGAGAAAGCAUUUCUCAGCUAUCUCUUAAUUGAGAAAUUACUUAGCAGUGUGGCCAGAGGCACAAAGUUGCUAAGCCAUUAUCAAAAGGAAUGUGAACUGAGACUUGUCUCAUGAAGACAGUCAAGAAAACAUUUAAUGUAGAGCCAAAAUGCUGCUGCCAGAGUAGUGUAGAAAAGCGGCAAGCGCCUAGCCAUAAAAUAAAUAGAAAGUUCUGUUCCUUUCACCAUUCACUGGCAAUACGCAGCUCAUCUCUUGAAAGACACUGUGGCACUUUUUCAAGUGUAGCUCCUGGAGAUAUUGUUGUGUGUAGGUUGUAACUGCACCUGCAAAUUGGUAGUGAUUGUUUCGGGGAACGUGUCUGAAAAUCAGAAAGUUUUAUCCUAUUCCAUGGUAGGUUUGCUCAGUUUUUACAUACAGCACUACAGUUCUCUAUGGUGAAAAAGGAUAGUGUUAAACUAAGUAAAAGUUUGAUUUGGUUUGGUUGGUUGAUUUUUUAAAAUACAACUUAUGGAUUCAGCUACAUAUUCCCCAGAAUUUGUUGCUGUCAGUGAAGGCAAUCCACUCAGAAUCAUUUAAGUUGAUAAAGAUCUCUUAAGAUUUAAUCAAGCUGUUACCCCAGCACUGUCAUGGCCACCACUAAACCAUGUCCCUAAGCACCACAUCCAGAUGGCUUUAAACGUCUCCAGGUAUGGUGACUCUACCACUGCCCUGGGCAAGCACACAGGGAAAGACAGGAAUUUGCCAGAAACUCCUCCCCAUCCCCAAAAUGAGUGUGAACUAGGACUAAUGAGGAUGAGAAAACCCCAGGGUGAAAAGUCCACCCAUGUGGAAAUGUCUGAGGACUCUGGAAAGGCAAAGCCGAUUCUCUGACAUGCCAAGCGCGUGUCGAAGACAACCUUCAGGUAAGCAAGGGGUUACUUGGCAUUGUUAUCAGAGCACCGAGUUUUAUAUUCUCAGUUGAUAGCCCAGGACUGUGAGAUGACAGCUAUGGAUUCUUACCACAGAGCCCUUGGACAUCCACCCUCUGUCACAGCUGUCACACGGGGGACAGGAGCAGCCAGCUGCGGUGGCACCUGGCCUGUGUCAUUCACCCCAUCAGACAGCUGAGCACCUGGAGCUACGUGAGCACUGAGAGUCAUUUCCAUGUCCAUGCUCACAUAAGAACAAGGUGACAAUACUGUCACCCCUCCUCUCGUGAUCUCUGACAGCUGGGACCAGGUGAUCCAAAAGAACUGUACCUGAUCAAAAUGAGGGAGAUUCUGCCAACGAGCCUGAGGGAUCUUCAGCUCUGAAGAGCUGCCCAAACAGAAUAAAGUAUACACUGUGCUGGAAUAUUGCAUUUUCUUGCCAUUCCUUUCAGACUCAAUUCUCUGCAGUAUUAGGUGUGCAUAUUUACUCAGGAAAUAAUAAUGUUUUAAAGUCACUGCAGAAAUUAAAGGUUGUGCUGAACUGUGACAGUGUGCACACCGAGAAAUGUUUUGUGAUGAAUUUUCCUGCUACAACCACAGUAAGUUGUAUGAUUUCAACAACUUAAUGCACCCUGAAAUUGCCUGAAUAGACAGCAAUUCAAUUGUGUCUUCUAUCCAAUGUAUUUUAACAAAGUUCCAGAUUUGGUCACUUCAAAUUCUCAGUAAUGUGUACACCAUACUCUUCUGGGUAUUUUCAUCUCUUUAUUGCUUCAUUAAUUAGUGCAAUCAGAACUAACCGGCACUAAUAAAAAUAGUAUUUUGU